UACUUGUCCAUUCCAAGCACGUCCUUCAUCAGCAGCCUACGCGUCUGCCAGCAAGACAACUCGAUCACCCAUGAUGUAUCCUUUGCCCAGCAACUAGAGGUUGCCCGGAUCUCAUCCCAGAUUCCAGCAUGACGGAACCGGCAGUGCCCGGCGAGGAGCUAUGCUCCUCAGACUUGGUCAGCCCCAUACCGAAUGGUGAAAAUUCCAACACAUCCAGCAUGUCCUUGGCUUCCACUGCCCUGGCACUUAUCCACAAUGGUUUUCCGCUCAUCGACCGGAGGAGUGAGGAGGGUUACCAUGGAUCGGAGGUGGAACCGGUGCUAGAAGCAGACCCAGGACUACAAUCCCGACCAGAAACCUCCGCAGUGCACAUAACAGAACCUUUAGUUGAGCAUCCAGCUCAACACCAAGCAGAUCCCACAACAGAACAACUUGAAGAUAUCCCAGCAGAUCUUUCAGGAGAUCUCCCAACACAUCUCCCAGCAGAUCCAACAUCAGCUUCACCAGCAGAGCCUCCAGCCGAUCCUUCAGCGGAUUCAUCAGCAGAUUCAUCAGCGGAUCCAUCAGCGGAUUCAUCAGCGGAUUCUUCAGCGGAUCCGCUGGCAGAUUCGUCAGCAGGUUCGUCAGCAGAUCCCAUAGCAGAUAUCCCAGCAGAUAUCCCAUCAGCAGUUAUGUCACCAGAUCCACAAGCAAGUCCCCCAAAAAAUCUGCCAACAGAGUUAGCAACGAAUCACCCAAAGCAACCCAUUGAUGAAGAACGACCGGACACACAAAAGCCAUCGAGUAAACAGGAAGGUUCCAUCAAAGUUAAGAUGUCCCCUGACGCACCUGUGUUUUAUCCCAUGGGUACCAGACUAUCCCGCAUACAGUCAAACGAAGAGGAGCCCCCACCGAGUGCACCCCACAAUUCGGCGCCGAGAAACUCCUUCGAGUUUGGCCUCGCAAACGGAACGGGGCCAUACAUCGGACCAGGGGGGGGCAAUAUUCCUCGGAGCUACUACUUCGUCGAUCCUACCACCGGCAAGCGCAUCAGGAAUAACUAUAAGGGCGCGAAGACCGAAGUACACCGGAUUGAACUAAUCCCUAACCGGCGAGAGAUCCCACAAUCUAAAGCAAGAAAUACCUGGAUUGCCAACCUAAACAAAAAACCACCACCACCACCGCAACCAUCACCACCGCAGUCACCAGCAACACAGACACCACCACCACAACCACCAAGAGAUGAAAAUGUUACGCAGAAGGCUCCUGGAAGAGCGUCAAUACCCAGACCAAACAAUUCUCGCCAUUUUCUCACAGAUCCAACGAAGUUCAAAAUAUCCCCAGAGUUUCCAUCCUUUGAGUCCUUUGCCGGGCAGCUGGACGACAUGGGUGUGAAACGGGAUGAGUUCAUGGCAACGCUGCGAAACCUUUUAAUAAGAGCCAAUGACCUGAUGUUGCCCCUACUUCAGGGUCCCUUUAAGUACAUGACGACCUUACAGAUGGCCGAGUACACCAGCGCAAUUCUGGACACACCUCCGCUACAUCCGAGUAUCUUCUUGCCAGCGAAUACGCCGCGUCCCUGGACGAACCUCACUGGACUCAAUCGGCCCUUCGACAUCCAUCCGAACAGUCUCACGCCAGAGGAUCUGGCCAUUGUCCAGAAAACUCCCAAGCAUGUGGAAGCCACCACUCAGACGGAAUACCUUUGCAUCUGCAUGUUCUUCAAUCAGGGAAGAUCGGCGUCGGCGGCUGUGCCACCACCAGCACCUGUGCCACCACCAGCACCUGUGCCACCACCAGCCCCGCCAGCAUUUGUCCCGCCGCCAGCAUCUGUCCCGCCGCCAGCACCUGGGCCGCCGCCAGCACCAGGUCCGGGUGCUGCAUACUAUACAGGAAUGCUCAGGGCACCAGGCGGAGGACCCGGUGGACCAAGAAUACCGCAGGCGUAUCCGACAGUAUCCGGGCCAGGAGGCUCACAGAGCGGAUCACCACCACAACAGCCGCUUUGCUUCUGGAGUAGGCCUAUGCUUCCGCAUCCUGCGUCACAUCGCAUGCCCCGGCCACCGCAUCCAAAGGCCUUUCAGCAUCCGAAUCCACCAGCGCAUCACCAUUCACCAACACCACAUCCGCAUACCUGUGCCCAUUCCCAUCCGCAUCCACAUCCGGGAAUGCAGGCGGGUCAUCCGAUGGCGUCGAGGAAUAGCCCACAGCCGCACAGGCUGUGUGGAGCAGCGCGCUUCAAAGAUGGGGGGUACCGCGGCUACCGCAUGCAAGGUCCCAACAGUCCGCACAACCAGCCGAAUCAAUGUCGCUUUGGUCCCAUCGGUAGUGGUCGUACCAGUGAAAAUAGUGGCGGGAACUUCAGCAAUACGAACUACAACAACGGAGGAAAUCCAGUCUGUGCGGGCACACAAAGUGGCAGCGAUAAGAUGGCUUCUGAUCUAUUCCAACCCCUGGUGAGAUUUGUCUACCCUAUUGAAUAUGAGCAGCUAAGGCUGAACGUGUAUACACCGAGCUAUGAAUACAUGGUUAAAACCAAUAUACAGGUGGAAUCCUCUACAUCGAGCUCCGAUUCGUCGAGCACCGAAACCUCCGGCUUGCUCAAGUUCGCCCAGAUGGAGCUGGGGGAAUAUGUAAAGAAUAAGAAGGCAUGCAAAGACAACAUCGCCGAAGAGGAGGCUGACGACGAUGAUGAUGAGGGCGGAGCUGAACAUAAAAACAAGAACGCGAAGGUGCCUGAUCCAAUGUGCAGUGGCGGCAAUGUCCAGCAGCGGCCUUACCACUUCGGAGAGUUCGUAAACUACAUACCGUCGGGGUCUACCACACCGCCCUGCUCCCAAGGGAUAACCAAUGUGAUUCCAACUUAUAUCACAGUCCAUCGUCUUCCUCUCGUUCGGUCCGAUCAGGAGUUGUUGCCUUCUUUGCCCCAGAUGCCGCCAAUGCCUCCAAUACCUCCAAUGCCCAAAAUAGAUGACGUAGCUUGCAAUGCCAAUGGAGGCUCGGCUGAUACACAAUCCAAGAUGCCUUCGACUUCCCACGAACACUAUAUUGGUAACCAGUUCAUUCCGAAGUACAGCCAACAGCAAUGUCCCAAUCCCAAUGGAGGUCCGUCUGGUACUCAAACCAAUAAGCCUUCGACUUUCCAGGAAAACUAUAUUGGUAACCAGUUCAAUCCGAUGUACAGCCAUCAGCAGUGGCCCAAUCCCAAUGGUGGCCCGGCUGGUACUCAAUCCAAGAAGCCUUCGACUUCCCAGGAACACUAUAGUGGUAACCAGUUCAAUCCGAUGUACAGCCAACAGCAGUGGCCCAAUCCCGACAACAAUGCAGCUAUGUUUAGCCAGGAGCAGGCAGGUCCCAGUGGAAUUUAUAUGAGACCUCCUCCUCCGGUACAACCAAUACCACCACCAUUCCCUCCAAACAUGUAUCCGAUACGGCAGGAGAAGCCCAUGCGACCGAUCCUGUUCGAGGUGGGCGGCAAUACCGGCCACAGUGCCGGCCCGCCCAUGAUGCAAAACGUCAACAGUGGCAACGGGUACGGUCAUGGUCGUGGUCGUGGAUACGGCCCUUGUCCGAAUCAUGGCACUCAUGGCCAGAAUCCUUACGGACAUAUGACUCAUCCAGUACCUUCGCCACAUUCGCCACAUCCGGCACACCAGACUCAUCCAUCCCACUACGGAAUGUCCUUCAACGGCAGUAUGGCCCCGAAUAUGAGCCACAUGAACCAGAUCAGUCACAUGAACCACAUGGGCAGGGGCAUGGGCGUCGGAUUGCUUCCGUUGCCUUUGCAAAUGCUCAAUCCAAGUCGGAUGGAGCAGCCUAACUCCAUGGGUAUGCCCAUGAAUAUGCCACCACUCAACCUUAUGAGUCCUCGGCGCAAUGUAAUACCUAUCAAUACCUAUCACCAGAAUGGAAGCAACCCGGACACGAACAAGAUUCCGCCAUAUGGCGGACCUGGAGGAGUGAACUUGAACAAUGGGAGCGCCGAGAUGCAGCAAAUCAGGAGACCUCCCGAUCCUCGCCAAGGCUUCGAACACAAUGUGGGUGUGUCGUGUGACAACACGCCAAGUAUUCGCCUCUUAAGGAUUUCCUUGCCACUAUACGUUCCCCAAAGUGAAACACUUGUCCAGGAUGAUGGUGCACCCAACAACAACAACAACCAGAUCAACAUCCAAAGCAUGAAUCCGAACAUCAACCAGAACAACAUUCAAACCAUGAAUCAGAACAACAACCAAAACAACAUCCAAACCAUGAAUCAGAACAACAACCAGGACAACAUUCAAGGCAAAAAUCAGGACAACAACCAGAUCAACAUCCAAAGCAUGAAUCCGAACUACAACCAGAACAACAUUCAAAGCAUGAAUCAGAACAACAACCAAAACAACAUUGAAUGCAUGAAUCAGAACAACAACCAAAACAACAUCCAAAGGAAGGAUCAGGACAACAACCAGGACAACAUUCAAGGCAAGAAUCAGGACAACAACCAGAUCAACAUCCAAAGCAUGAAUCCGAACAACAACCAGGACAACAUUCAAGGCAAGAAUCAGGACAACAACCAGGACAACAUUCAAGGCAAGAAUCAGGACAACAACCAGGACAACAUUCAAGGCAAGAAUCAGAUCAACAUCCAACGCGAGAUUCAGAACAACAGCCAGAACAACAACCAGGACAACAUCCAAGACAAGGAUCAGAACAACAACCAGAACAAUAUCCAAGGCAAGGAUCAGAACAACAUCCAAAGAAGGGAUCAGAACAACAUCCAAGGUGAGAAUCAGAACAACAACCAGAAUAACAACCAGAACAACAACCAGAACAACAAUCAGAACAACAUCCAAAUCCAGAAUCAGUACAACAAUCAGAACAACGUCCAAGGCAAGAAUCAGAGCAUCAACCAGAACAACAUCCAAAGCAAGAAUCAGAACAACAUCCAGAAAAACAUUCAAAGCAAGAGUCAGAACAACAACCAAAACAACAUCCAAAGCAAUAAUCAGAACAACAUCCAAAGCAAGAAUCAGAACAACAUCCAAAACAAUAAUCAGAAAAACAUCCAAAGCAAGAAUCAGAACAACAACCAGAACAACAUCCAAAGCAAGAAUCAGAACAACAACCAGAACAACAUCCAAAGCAAGAAUCAGAACAACAACCAGAAAAACAUUCAAAGCAAGAGUCAGAACAACAACCAAAACAACAUCCAAAGCAAGAAUCAGAACAACAUCCAAAGCAAGAAUCAGAACAACAUCCAAAGCAAGAAUCAGAACAACAUCCAAAACAAUAAUCAGAAAAACAUCCAAAGCAAGAAUCAGAACAACAACCAGAACAACACCCAGGACCACAUUCAGGACAACAUCCAAAGCAAGGAUCAGAACAACAACCAGAACAACAUCCAAAGCAAGAAUAAGAACAACAUACAAAGCAAGAAUCAGAACAACAUCCAAAGCAAGAAUCAGAACAACAUCCAAAACAAUAAUCAGAAAAACAUCCAAAGCAAGAAUCAGAACAACAACCAGAACAACACCCAGGACAACAUCCAGGACAACAUCCAAAGCAAGGAUCAGAGCAACAACCAGAACAACAUCCAAAGCAAGAAUAAGAACAACAACCAGAACAAUAUCCAAAGCAAGAAUCUGAACAACCAAAACAGCAUCCAAAGCAAGAAUCAGAACAACAACCAGAGCAACAUCCAAAGCAAAAAUCAGAACAACGACCAGAACAAAGACAAUGAGCAGAAGAAGAAAACCCAACCGUCCUACGCUUCCUUCCUGAAGUAAGUGUCCAGAAGAAGAGAAUUUUUACUCUUAAAAUUAUGUUUCUUUUAUUCGAUUAAAUAAAAAA